ACCAUAGCUGGGGCCAAAUGUAUAAAUCUGCCUCCAGAGAACAUGGGCAGCUCAGAGUUGGAGAUCUUUAAGGCCAAGUUUGAUUUGGGCAACUGCGUGGAGGUGGAGCUGUCUAAGAAGCAUGGGCAGGCCCCUCUGCAGCAGUCAGCUCUUAGAGUGAUGUCUGACAACUAUCUCCAGAUCCUCAGGGACCCAGGUCUGUAUGGGAGGCUGAGAGCAGGUGAUUAGGAUGAGAUCCAGAAACAGCGUAUGAGAGGAAGGCAGUUCCUAAUGGCAGGCAACAUGGGCCCUCAGGACUGGGUGGGGAGUAGUCCUCAAGGGACAAAAAGGGAGCAGAGAGUCACCACCAUACCAUGUAGUGGUCUCUACUAUUAUGAUGAUUAUAAAGACAGCUGGCACCCACUGUGUCCCAUCCCUCAGGAAGUCAUCUCCAAAGGCUGUGCCAUGUGCACUAUGGACAACUACUUAUUUGUAGCAGUGGGGGGCUGCCAGCAGGGUGCAGAUAGAGAGAUGAAGCCUUCCAAGAGAGUGUUCUGCUACAACCCCGUAACAUCAAUUUGGAAAGAGAUCAGUCCUAUGAACGAGUCCAGGCCCCACUGCAAACUGGCAGCCCUGCAGGGCUACAUCUAUGCAAUCGGAGGGGAGUGUCUGUCUACCGUAGAGCGCUAUGACCCCCGCUCUGACAGAUGGACUUUUGUGGCCCCACUGCCCAAUGAUACAUUUGCUGUGGCCCAUCAUGUCACAGUGUGCAACAGGAAGCUCUUUGUUCUAGGAGGAACACUGAGAUACACACUGUUGCGCUACAACCCAAAUAUCAACGUGUGGAGGAAAAGCAAAGAGAGAACCACUGAGAUAGUGGGAGUGAGGAACUUCCUAUAUCGCUUUGAUGUCAGCCCGCAGCUAGGCAUCAGUGUGUACCGCUAUCACACUGUGGCACGACUAUGUUACGAGUGCUGCACCAAACGCCUUGACCAAUGCCUCGCCUUCCAGUGUGUCGCCUUGGACGACACCAUCUACUGCAUGAGCCACCAGCUCACCAUGAGCUUCCUGGCUGAAGAGAUCUCUCCAAGAUUUGUAGCAGAUGAUUUGAGUGUCCUCUCUGGAGCCAAGGGCAUCCUUUUCCCGUUUCUCCUCUCACUUCCUGAUACGAAGGCUCACCAGACCAGUGUGUAACCUGGAAUGCUUCUCCUCAGCACAGACAAGGACAGAGCAGUGAGGGAGUAUCUAAUUUACUUGUGCACCAAGGCCAUUUUUCAGAGCUGAGUGUAUCCUACUGAGAAGCACAGCUGUCUUAAUCAGAGGCAAUGAAAGUAAAAUAUUAACAUCAUUAAUGGUAAUUCGAUUACUGCUUGUUUAGAUUUAUUUAGGGUACACUGCCAUAGAAAUUAUAUGUAUUGUGAAGGUGUUUUGUUCUUUUCAUUUUCCUCCUGCCUUGCACUACAUUACUCCUAAAUCAUGCAAGAUGUGCACUUUCUCCCCUGUAAUAAUUCAUAAAAAAAUCUUAAGUUAAUUCACUCUAGCCAUAAUGCUUUGGAGCAGUGGGGUAAUAUAGUAAUAAUCCAUCACAGUUGGUUACUAUAUAGGGAACAAAUAUGACUCACACAGGGACUGGACUCAAUACAAUUACCCACAUGUGAUCUAUAAAUAUGACAUGAGGUAAAAGGUUGUGACUUACAGCAUAAUGUAUGUGAGCUUCAAUAAACAAAAGUAAUUGCU